AGAUGAUUAAGGGGGACGCUAUAACACAUUGCACGUACACAUAAAUUCGUUCGAGAGUUGAUUUCAUUGUGAAUUAUAUGCUAUUUUUGAUGAUAUUUUGCUACGAUUGCACGCUGUUUUGUGGGUACCAGCUGAAGAAAGUGUUCCGUAUGAUACAUAAUUAUGAGUGAGAAGCGUUAUCGGCCGCGUCCGCCAAGACGCAACGAUUUGCACGACAAGCGCCAGGACUUACUUUUCGCUUGGAGCGACGAGCUGUGCAAUAGCGAGGAGGUGCCCGAGGUUGAGAUCGUCAGCCUUCUACAGGAACAUAUACCAAAGUACCGCUUACGUGCCGACAGCUUAACACAGUUUGGAGGUUACGAGAAUCAAGAUUGGUUCAUACCUUCGCCGGCGUUGCCAGUCAACCCGGAAGACCUCGCCCUCACGCCUGACCAGAUCAGGGAAACGCUCAACUAUUUUCUUCUAUGCAGCAACAGGGUGAGCCAAAUGACAAAAACCUACAAUGACAUCGAAGCGGUAACAAGGCUCUUAGAAGAAAAAGAGAAGGAUCUAGAAUUAACGGCCCGCAUCGGCAAGGAAUUGCUGACUGCAAACGGUCGGUUGGAGUCUCGAGUGACCGCGCUCGAGGGCGAGCUGCGUGGCGCGCGGGACCUCAUCACACAGCUCAAGCACGAGCUCAGCGCUAAGAGCGAUCUGCUACAGGUGCUAACAAAUGAUACAGAGGAGGGCUCCCCCACCGAAGAGAAGGAAGCGGCGACGGCGGCGCUGCUGCGGCGGCGCACCGGCGCGCUGGAGCGCGAGAACCGCGCGCUGCGCGAGGAGGCGCAGCGCCUCGCCGCCGGCGCUGACUCCGCGGAGCUCGCCGAGCGCCAGCUGCUGCGCGACAUCGCCGCUCAGCUAGCGAGCGCUAAUUCGGAAACAAAUGAGCUUGGGUCCGAAUUGGCGGAGGAAAGGCAACGGUCAUCCGAACUGCAGCAACAACUCGAUUCGACAAAUGCGAGGUUGGCUAUCACCGAACGGAAUUUACAACAGCUAACAACGGAACACGAGCAUACGCUUCGAAUAUUGGAAAUAACCAGGGAUAACCAGAAUGCUCUCGCGUCAGAAUUGGCAGAUGCCAAGGAAAGGUACGCAGAAGUGGCGGCGCACCUCGCGGAGGCGCAGGAGGCGUUGCGUCAGGUGCGCAAGCGCGGCGAGCCCGUGCGCGGCCUCAUGCCGAGCGUGGCGGCCGCCGCGGGGCUGCUGCCGAACAGCUUGCACCGGGAGAUGCACUCCUCGGUGUACUCGGAGUUGAGCUUGGACUCGGGCAUUGGGGAUCCGUUGGCCCAUUCAAGUAUGCAAAAAGUAUUCGAAACGGUGCAGUGUGCUUCCCGAUGGUCUGGUGCGUCUUUGUCCGGUUCUGAAGCGGAGAGUGCUAUCAAACCCAAGCCAAAAACUAUAUCCACGGAUAGUUUCUUUGAAGAUGUCUCCGAUGCGGAGUCCGAAGAUUUGUACCCCGGAGGCGCGGGCGUGGGCGUGCCGGGCGCGCCGGGCGCGGCGGAGCUGGCGGCGGCGCUGCGCCGCCUCACGCCGCAGGAGAUCGACUCGCGCCGCGCCUCGCUCGCCGCCUCGCACGUGCUCAGGCACCGCAGGCAUACAGAGCGCGACAUAAGCGAGGAGAGCGCGGUGUGGGGCGCGGGCGUGGCGGGCGGCGCGGCGCGGUUCCGCGCGCCGCACAAGCUGCAGAUCGUCAAGCCGAUGGAGGGCUCGCUCACACUGCACACUUGGGCGCAGCUCGCUAAGCCCACCAUGUCAGGCUUACUAGAGGAACAAGAAGGUGUAGGUGUGCGAGGUUCCCGAUCGGCACAAGCGCUUGGACUGCGUAUGUAUCGGCUAUCUGAUGUCGAAGAAGACGAUGACAUAUUGAGACUGCCACACUCCAGUCAUAUUUACACAUUCACUAAUAGCACCGUGUUACAUCCAAACGAUGGCAGCCUCGUAGGUAGCAGCGUGAGCAGCGUGUGCAGCAGCGGCAUGAGCAGCCUGUCCAGCAGCGUGCUCGGCAGCGCGUGGAGCUCGCGCCUCACCUCGCGCCGCUCCUCCGCCGCCGUGUCGCCCGUGCACUCGCGCCGCGAGUCGCUCUGCGUGCCCCCCUCGCGGCCGCACUUCACGCCCACGGCCACGCCCGCCAACAGCCCGCUGCUGGGCUCGCCCGACUCCUCGCCGCCCCCCACGCCGCGCCCCGGCGACGCGCCCCCCUCCCUCCAUGCGCUCAUCGCGAGCGAUCGCAGCCCCAUGGAACAGCUGACCUAUCUCAAAAGAACGCUGCGGUCGCCCGCCGCCCAGUCGGCCGAGCGGCCAGGUAUUGCGGAUUCGCCGCUGGGCGUGCCCGCGCAUCCCGGAGAAGGCGCGCUAGACGUUCCCAGCGCGUCCAACACUAACACGCUCGGGAGACGAACGCGAGGCCCCCGCGCUCCUAGACCCAGAACAGACCUAGGAACCGUGGGCGCCACCCCUACGACCACCAUCAGCCAGCCGGUCAGCUCAUCCCCGCUCGGCACUCUCAGUACCUUCCUGUUCGGUCGGAAGGGCGGUCUACUGUGAGAGCGACGCGCGUUCCGCCGGUCUUCUGUUCAAGUUAGCGCCCAAUCGCUCAGCCGCCGCUCAGUGGAAUUGAAAAAGAGAGCCGCGUCAUUUGAAGCGAUGGCGUUGUUGCCGCACACAGCGUUCAGCCUUGUAUUUUCGUUUCGUUCAUCUUGUGAUUUAGAUGUAGAUUUUAGAUUGUAGUGAUAUUUUAUAUGAGGUACCUUAUUGUUAGAUGUAUCGUGUAGAUGUCGGAUUAUGUGUCGUCUUCGGGGAUGAUUUUUAUGUUUUGUAUAAUUAUGUAUGUUUAUAUUUGUGAGGAUAUUGAUUUUAUAGUAUUUUGACGUUGUUCGUUCUGGUACGUUUUUUUUGUUUAUGUUUUUGCAUUUAUUUUGUUGACAUCAAUCAAAAUAUUACGAAUUUUCGGCUAUGAUCGCGCCAAUGAUAAUUAUUAGCUCGAAGUGGUCUUCGAUUGCAUUUCCUAAUUCUCUCUUACAACAUUCCUAUCAAAAAGUGAAAUUAGGAUUAAAGUAUUAAUGUCAAGAGAGAAAAAUUGCGAGGACCAAGCGUGUAUUAUGCAAACUGAUCGAAAAUAUAUUAUGUUAUCGAUUAUCGAGCGUCACAUGAAUCAUAAAUGUCGACUUUGAUUACUUAUUUUUUAUUAAAAGGGCUGUAUUUGAUUACGGUAAUGUGAUUAUCAGUAAAUUGAACAAUUGCAAGGGUAGUGAUUAUUGAACACUAAUUACUAUUAUUCACACUUAACAUUUAUCUAAUGCUAAUAUAAUUGUAUGUAUGAUGUAUAAUUUUCAUUAAUUUAGAAGAGUACAAAUUAUUAUGUUUAAAAAUCAAUACGAUAAUUUAGUAUUUUCAAUAAAUUUUAUAUUCCGUUUAUAAAUGCAAUGUAACGGUUUUUGCUUCUAUCUGAAUUGAAUUGUUCGAUAUGUCCUUUAGUUCUUAUAACGGCGUGCUUAUUUUGUCAACUCAGGGUCUAAUAAAUGUAAGAUGGUGCAUGCCAUAGUUGUAAGUAGAAGUGAAUUUAUUCGAAGCGCAUCACAAAAAUAAACACGAUUAGGUUUCGUUCGUACACAAUCGUCUCUAGUUAUUUGUAAUUAAAACGCUAUUAGCUUAAUUAUUUAUUUACUAUUGUUAAUUUUAUAAUGAGGAUUUGAAGUACUUAUAUCGUGUUCACAGACAUGAGAAGUAGUAUAUGUAAGUGAGUAUGCAUAUCCAUAAAUAAUUUAUUAUUGUGAACUUAGUGUAAAUUUUAGUAACGGCACGUAUUAAUUAUCCAUAGUUUCGGGUGUUUAAGACGUAUUAUUGUUUGUGAUCUUUGCACUAUGUGACUACAUUUUUGUGCUAAUUUCGUACUUUUUAACCUUUAUAUUUUGAAUACUGUCGUGACAUUGACAAAGUUAACUUCUCUCCUCAUUGGUGCUAAGUAGGUUCUAUAGCCAGUGAUAUCGCGUCAUGUGUUUUGAUUACGUCAUCCACGUGAACGCUUAAGGCCAAUUUCACAGUAUCCGAGUAGUCUCAAAUAAGAUUUAAUUUUCGUAUGUGUGUAUAAUUUAGUGAAAAUUUUUAAAGAAAUUCGUAUAUAUGGCACAAUCACACAAUAUAAAUGGAAACCAAAAUUGCACUUAUUUGCAAUUUUGUUAUCUUAUUAUGUUUAAAACUCAUGGCCAAAGAAAUAUGAUAUUACUAUUAAGUAAAGAUUUUAUUGAUAGUAUUAUAAAAUAUAUUAUUUAUAUAAGUAAGACUAUUAAUUCUUCAUUAUAUAUCAAAAACAAAAUAAGUAUUAAAAUAAUUCUUGUUGUGGGAAAAGUAUUACAAAUUUAUUGUUAUAAUCACGUGUUUAUUUCAUUCUGUCCUGUUUACUACCACGUAAUAAAGAGAAUGGUAAAAUAACUAAUUCAUAACUGAUUCGUACUCGGAUAUUGGAACAUGGGCCAUUAGUAUAAUUUUAUAACCUCGUAGAAGACUUAAAUAGGUUAGUGUUUCUUUGUUUCUCCUUCAAGCAGAGCAUCUAGCCGGGAAGUGUUGUGGAAUGUAGUCAAUAAGGCUGUGAGACGAAUUGUUCCGUAAUUGGCAGUUGUAUAACGAGAUCUACUUACUGAAGUGUAAGGCACAAAGUGUACAGUGUAAGCGUAACUUGUUGAGAUUUGACGAUUACAAUAAUAUGAUAUAUCUAUGAUUGUAUCAUAAUAGAAAUAUAAAUUAUUCCAACUUGA